AUGAUCGCGAGCUGGGCCUACGUCAAUGUCACCAAGGACUCCAGCAUUGUUUUUGCAUAUCUCGUAGACCUGGUGACGAUGCUUGGUCUUUUGACCUGGGUUUCCAUUCUCAUCACCCACAUCUGUUUUGUUCGCGCUCGUCGGGCUCAAGGCAUCCCCGAUAGUGCUCUCGUAUUCCGGGCACGUUUUGGACUCACUGGCACAUGGUUAGCGUUGAGCUUGUGCGUCUUGAUCUCGCUGACCAUGAUCUUCAACUCGCUGCCCAUUCAUGACCACAAGAUUCGGUUCGAUAUCACCAAAUUCGUCGCUUCGUAUGCUGGGAUCCCCAUCUAUAUUACGUUAUACCUGGGUCAUCGAAUCAUCUUAAAGAGCAAGCAUAUCGACCCCCGAGACGCGGAUUUCUGGUCCGACAAACGAGUCGCCACUCCGCCAGGAAUCGAGUUGCAGCCCAUGAGCUAG